UGUUGAAGAGUGGCGAGUUUGUUACAAUCAAAUGCCGUUUUGUUUUUAUACACACGUCGGUAUGGCUUACAAUAUAUUAUUUGUUUGGUACUGUUUAUACAUUGUGAUUAUUUGUGCUAGCGGAAAUACAACAGCACAGAUUGAAAUCAAACGAGAAAGAUAUGAUAAAUUUAUUCCUCAAAACUUACAUUUGGAACGUCAGACAUCUAAGCAAAAAGCGGAAAAUCUGUGUAAGAGUUUCAAAGCUGAAUGUGAAAAUGAUGAAUGUAAAUAUUGCCAGUGUAUUGAAGAGGAUAGGAACACACUUCUGCUGGUAACUCCUACCACAGGCAAUUGUACUAAAGACCAAGAUAUCAUACCUGAUUCAAUACCAAAUGGAAAUUUUUUUCUUCGAAAUCAAAAUUACGGUAAAUGUCUUACGGUAAAUGGAAAUCGGACUGAAAAAGUUUCUGGAACGGUUUGCAGCUCGUCUCUAAACAUGCGUUGGGUAUGGUUAAAUGAAACGGGAAAAAUCCAACUUAUGAAUGUUAUUUCACUCCAGUGUCUUGAGUUUGUCAAGCCUUUGUCUACAUGUUCGCAUAAAGGAAGAUCGGUUAAUUCAGUAGUUAUGAAGCAAUGUGAUAGAACCAAUCAACAACAGCAAAUAACGCAACCCAAGAGUAAGACAAAAUUUAUAUUUACCAAAAUGUGCAGUGGCCAAACGAAUUUUUACCUUGAAAUCGAUGAAUACAGUAAGAGAGCAAUAAGUAAGUCAAGCAGCACGGGACAGGUUUGGAAAAACACGGAUGGAUAUCUGAACUGGAAAACAACUACUUACAGAGGUUGUUACCGUUUUCAAAACAAAAAAUUCAUGCUUUAUCUGGACAAAGACAAUUGCUCUAAGCCAUGUACUCGAAAUUUUUUUGCCCCAAUCUUUUCUGAAAACUCGCAAUGCAGCAUUAUAUGGUCGAAAUCUACCAUCAUGCGGAGUGAUAUGAUGUGGCAGAAAGUUACGAAUAUGGAAAACAAGAAACCGAUUUUCAUCAACAAAGUUUCAAAAGAUCUUAGAAUGUUAAUGAUCCAAGAAGAAUCAUUUGAAAUCUUCAACAAUUCAUUGUUGAAGUUGGAAAUUUCCUGUAAAAGUAAAACCCACGAGUCCAAAGGAGAGAAUCACUGUUUGCUUCUCAAGUUCAAAAAAUUGGUGGAACAGAAUAUUUGUAAAAAACAGUGAAAGAGGAAAUUCAGUAACAGAUCAAAAUUCUUCACCGGUUGUUGAAGAGUUGCCAGAAAUGCGAAACCUUUCUAACAACCAAGCAACUCCGAUAGAAUCUGAAAUUUAUGUUAUACCAAGAGCAGAACAAGAAUACCUGUAUGAAAACACUAACCAGAGAAUAUCGUGUGCGCAAUCCCAAGGUCCUGAGUACGAGAACCCAGGAAGCC